CUCUGUGGACUGCAAAAUAAUAGGGACAACCAAACGCCUCCUCCGACGGUGCUCACGCCGUCGCGUCGCCGUCACGCUGCUCUAAGCUGUCAUCACCAUCCACACCGCCCAAACCAGCUCCAAGCUUUGACAAACUCAGAACGAUAAGCACAGGGACGAGUUCGUGUGAAAGAAUAAUACCCCCUUUUUGUUUAAUGCUUAUCUUCUUCUCGUUUUACCUAUAAAAAUUAAAUCUUUCUCCAUUCUUUGAGAACUUUCUUCAGUUACCCCAAGAAAUAAUCAUAAUCCCUGUCCUUUUUCUUUCACUGCGUUACUUUGAUUUUGGAACUGCUCAUCUCCUCUUCAGUCCUUGAUUCUUCUGUGAGUGUUUAGUAGUUACUUUCUCACUAGCAAGCACAGAUGCACCUUUUUCAAUUCUAAAAGAACAAUCUUUAUCUACCUGAGAGUCAAUCUCUUUAUCUUCUUAAUUUUUUUUUUGUAUUUAUGGUACUUUAAAGUUCCGUAUAGUUCAUUAAUAUCGUUGACUGCUCAAAGAGAUUAGAAGCAACGACCCGAAAACUCAUCUGAGCCUUUGAUGUUUGUUGUUUUGUUUUAUUUAAAAGGGGGAUUAUUUGACUCCUUUUGUUCGCACAGAAAGUGAUUGAUUAAUUUAUAGCGCUUUUCGUUUUGAGAAAGGCUUACUUUGAUCUUUGGGGCUCUGUGACUUGGCAAAGGUCACUAGCUCUUUCACAGCUCUUUUCCGAGUGGUAACCUAUUUUUGCUGCGAGUUUUGUAAGUUUUCAUCUGGGGUUUGAUGAUCACAGGGCUUAUGCGACUAAGCAACUCAUCUCAGCUUUUUAAAAUGAGAUACUUGGUUUCCUAAAGCUAUAUGUUCUUCCACAAAAAACCAUUUUUGAGCUUUUAUAGGAUGAGCUGUGGAGCUAUGGGAAGCUUCUAUGUGAUGAAGGCUUUGGUGUUCUAUUGGUUGUUGAUGGUUGGUGGUGUGAGUGGGAUUGGAGCUAACUGGGGGACUCAGACAAGCCAUCCAUUGCCUCCGAGCACAGUGGUUCAAAUGCUGAAGGACGAUGGGAUUACACAGGUGAAGCUUUUUGAUGCAGAGGUGGGGACUAUGAAUGCUCUCAAGAACAGUGGGAUUGAGGUGAUGGUAGGGAUCCCCAAUGACAUGCUGGAGAUGUUAGCAACGAGCACGAAGGCAGCAGAGCAGUGGGUGUCGGAGAAUGCCUCUAGCUACGCCAAUGAUGGAGUCAAUAUCAGGUAUGUCGCUGUUGGGAAUGAGCCUUUCCUAAAAACGUUCCAUGAGAGUUUUCUUUAUACCACUCUACCUGCACUCCAGAACAUUCAAGGAGCCCUUGCAAAUGCAGGUCUGAGCAGUCGGGUAAAGGUCACAGUACCUCUUAAUGCUGAUGUAUAUCAAUCAGCAAGUGACCGGCCUUCCGAUGGCGAUUUCCGCUCCAAUAUCCAUGACCUUAUGCUCAACAUAACUCAGUUCCUAAGUGACAAUGGCGCCCCCUUCACUGUCAACAUAUAUCCCUUCAUCAGCCUUUACGAUAACCCGAAUUUUCCAGUUGACUAUGCUUUCUUUGAUGGGACUUCAUCGCCAGUUGUUGAUGGCUCCACAACCUACACAAACAUGUUUGAUGCCAACUAUGACACUCUAAUUUGGACUUUGAAGAAGUAUGGAUUUGGAAAUCUUCCUGUCAUUGUAGGGGAAAUUGGUUGGCCAACUGAUGGAGAUAUGAAUGCAAACCUUCAGUUUGCUCAGAAGUUCAAUCAGGGAUUUAUGAAUCAUAUAUCAACUGGGCAAGGGACACCAAUGAGGCCUGGACCAAUCUAUGCUUACUUGUUCAGCUUGAUUGAUGAAGAUGAAAAAAGCAUACAGCCUGGGAAUUUUGAACGCCACUGGGGCUUGUACACUUUUGAUGGUUUGCCAAAGUAUCCAUUAAAUCUUGGUAGUACAAAUGGACGUCUUGCUCAAGCUAAGAAUGUGAGGUACCUUGACAAGAAAUGGUGUGUGUUCAAACCUUCUGCAAGCCUUGAUGAUCCGAAUGUGGCACCAAGCGUCAGCUAUGCUUGUGAAAAUGCCGAUUGUACCAGCCUUGGCUACAAGACUUCAUGUGGAAACUUAGAAGCAAGGGGUAACAUCUCUUAUGCUUUCAACAGCUACUAUCAAAUAAAUGAUCAAAAUGAUGAAGCCUGUGGGUUCAAUAAUCUGGCAACCAUCACAAAUGUGGAUCCAUCUACUUCAACAUGUAAAUUUGAGAUCAUGAUUGAAACUGACUCUGCUGGAUUCUCAUGGAGGUCGAGUCUAGUUGCAGAUAAGGGUAUUCUUCUGGUGGUUUAUCUUUCUUUUUUGUCUUUCAUGUUUCUUAUUAUGUCUUUUUAGUCUGUUAAUACUCGUACCAUUUUGAAAAUAUCACUGUAUACCAUUGUUCAUUCAGAGCUCUGAUACGUGUGUGUAACAAGUUGAAAAACUUUUUGAUAUAGUAAAUAUUUGUAAGUGUUUUCUUUA